AUGGGGUGGCGUGGGGCUUCGAUUCGAGAAGAGGGAGGCUGGAGGGAGGCGACAGAGGGAGGCGACAGAGGGAGGAAGGAGAUGAUCGGAGGGGAGGCUCUGUAUUGGGUAUUAGGGUUAGGGUUAGGGUUUUGGUUGGAGAAGAAAGGGGUUUUGGAUGGAGAAGAAAGGGAUAUUUUGAAAAAUCAGGUCGUUGAUGGUCUUGGUGGAGGCAGCGAUAUUGGGGGUGUCAAGGGUGGUGGUACUGGAGACAGUAAGGGAGUUGGCGUAAGUGGAGGUGGUGAUGGAGGUGGAGGUGGCAGUGUUGUGGGUGGCAAGGGAGGUGGGGAAGGUGGAUGUGUAAGUGGAGGUGGCAGUGCUAGGAGUGGAAAGGGAGGCAAAGGAGGCGGUGUUGGGUGCAGCAAGGGAGGUGGUGAAGGUGGAGGUGUUGAGAGCGGCAAGAGAGGUGGUGGAGGUGGAGGUGGAGGUGGCGGUAAGGGAGGUGGUUGUGAAGGUGGUGGCAUAGGCGGAUGUGGAGGCAAAGGAGGUGGCGGUGAAGGUGGAGGUGGCGGUGUUGGGGGUAACAACAGAGGUGAUGUAAGUGGAGGUGGUUGUGUAGGUGGAGGUGGCUGUGAAGGUGGCGGCAAGGGAGGUGGUGUAGCUGGAGGAGAAGGUAGUAAGGAAGGUGGUGACGGUGGAGGUGGUGGUGGUGGUGGUAAGAGCGGUGGUGGAGGUGGCGGUGGCGGUGGCGGUAAGGGAAGUGGUGGCGUUGGCGGAGGCAGUGUAGGUGGCGGCGACAAGGGAGGUGGGGGUGUUGGCGGAGGUGGCGGUGUUAGGAGUGAAAAAGGAGGCAGUGGUGCUAGGGGUGGCAAGGGAGGUGGUAUAGGUGGUGGUAGAGGAGGCGGUAUUGGGGGUGGUGAAGGUGGUGGUGUAGGUAGAGGCGGCGGUAUUGGCGGUGGCAGUGGUGGAGGUUGUAAAGGUGAUGGCAAAGGAGGAGGUGAUGGUGGUGGAGGAGCAAAAGGUGAUGGAAAAUGUGACAAUGGAGAUGCAGGGCUAUUAUCAUAA